AUGGUCUGCCUUGGAUAUUGGAUCGCUAAGUUUCAGUGGAAUCAGUUCAAGAAUGCAAGGAAUGCUGCAAAAAUGGGUGCCGUUCUACCUCCACGGAUAAAGGGGAAAUGGAUAGGGAAUAUCGACCUUGUCUUUGACUCCGUGAAUACUUUCGAACGGGGAUAUGUCCUCGAGAACAUAAAAACAUACCUUGACACUUACGGUUGUGACACCGUCAACCUAGGGUUGUUAUGGCAAGACGUCUAUGCAACGAGAAAUCAUCACGUAAUGAAGACCGUGCUCGCAACAGGUUUUGAUAACUUCGAUAGGGGGACAGAGGCGAAGGUGUCGGCGUAUGGUUUGUUUGGAGACGGCAUUUUUGGGUCGGAUGGGACUGAAGCGAAGGCGCACAGAGCAAUGUCACGUCCUUUCUUCGUUCGUGAACGUAUUCGCGAUUUUGAUAAUUUUCAUCGAUACACCGAUAAGGUCCUCUUACAUCUUCGGGCCCGGGCUCAGACAGGGCUGUCCAUCGACGUGCAAGACAUAUUCGGGCGUUUCACCCUUGAUGCCGCGGGCGGAUUUCUGUUUGGAACCGACUCCCUCAAUACUUUGGACUCCCCGCUGCCGAUUCCAGGCAAGGCCGCUCUUGGCAUGAAAGGCUCACGUGCUGAGGGUGAUUAUGGUGGAUUCGUGGGUUCAUUUGAACAGUUGCAAGUCGUGAUGGCUGUCCGGGAUCGAUGGAACUAUUGUUGGGCUGCUAGGGAAUUCUUCAAGGAUCAUUCCGAAGAGCAUAAUGCCGUUAUCGAUGCAUUUGUUGAACCAUUAGUUAUUGGGGCUCUUCAGAAGAAGGCGGCGAGGGGAGAAAAGGAAUGCGGCAUAGAUGAUGGGAACCUUGUUGACCACUUAGCAGAUGCUACGAACGAUGUUAGAUUGAUCCGCUAUGAGCUUAUCAAUAUGCUCCUUGCCGCACGGGACACAACCGCCUCGCUCUUGACCUUUGUCAUGUAUAUGUUUUGCUUAUAUCCCGAUGUCGCUCUCAAGCUUCGGAACGAAGUCCUGGAGCAUAUUCCUGAAGGAUCGCCCACCUUUGAGCAUAUCCGGAAUAUGAGGUAUCUGCGCGCAGUCCUCAAUGAGACUCUUCGCCUGUACCCCCCUGUACCGUAUAGUGCCCGUGCGUCGAAGGUGGCCUCACUUAUACCCGGAGACAGCUACACGGGUGGAAAGCCAAUUUAUGUUCCGCCGGGGGGAACAAGAAUCAACAUGUUCCCUCUCUUCGCGCACCGCCGAGAGGACCUAUGGGGCAAGGAUGCCAAUGAGUUUAACCCCGAGCGUUGGAUUGACAAGGACAAGGUCCAGAAGACGGCGUCGGAUCCUUUCAUGUUUCUGCCCUUCAGUGCGGGCCCCCGAAUCUGUCUUGGCCAAAACUUUGCUUACAAUGAGGCUAGCUUUAUGAUCAUACGUGUUCUUCAAACGUUUGAUACGUUCACGCUACGUCAAAAGGAGGAUGCACCGAUUGGCUCCUGCCCACCGGGAGUCUGGAAGAAUGCCGGAGGAAGGAAAGCUGUGGAGCAGGUGUGGGUUCAAAGUGCCGUGACAAUGUUCUCCAAGGGAGGACUAUGGGUCAAAAUGGGCCUGCCCGUGAACUAA